AUGCUUCUCAUAGUUGAAACCAGUUCCUUGAAUCAAUGGGCUCUGGACUUUCAAGGGAACUACGAGCGUAUUGUGGAAAGUAUUCGCAUAGCAAAGGAGCGAGGCGCCACCCUAAGAGUCGGUCCCGAGCUUGAAAUUCCGGGAUAUGGGUGCUUGGAUCAUUUUCUGGAAGGUGAUACUGUCCUUCAUUCAUGGGAGAUCCUCGGACGGAUUAUUGAGUCUGAGGUCGUGAGAGGGAUACUAUGUGACAUUGGAAUGCCUGUUGUUCAUAAGAACGUGUUGUACAACUGCCGCAUUAUUGUGCACGAUGGAAAAAUCGUUUUGAUACGACCCAAGAUGUGGCUGGCAAACGAUGGAAACUACAGGGAGCUUCGAUAUUUCACUCCGUGGCAGAAGCAUAGGCAAACUGAAGAGCACUACCUUCCUAGAAUGAUCGGGGCAAUCACUGGUCAGGUCAAAGUCCCAUUUGGAGACGCAGUAAUCAGCACCAUGGACACAUGCAUUGGAGUUGAACUUUGCGAAGAAUUGUUUACUCCCGCGAGCCCGCAUAUACUUAUGGGAUUGGAUGGCGUAGAGAUAUUCACUAACUCUAGUGGUAGUCAUCACGAGUUGCGUAAGCUCUAUACGCGAGUUGAACUCAUCAAAGAGGCUACCCUGAAAUUAGGUGGAAUCUACUUAUAUGCCAAUCAACAAGGAUGCGAUGGUGACCGACUGUACUACGAUGGGUGUGCUAUGAUAGCCGUUAAUGGCCGAAUCGUAGCACAAGGAUCUCAGUUUUCUCUUUCGGACGUAGAAGUAGUUAGCGCUACCGUGGACAUCGAGGAUGUCCGAGCUCACAGAACCCGCAGCAGUCGUAGCAUGCAGGCUGCAGAGGCCCAACGUUAUCCUCGCAUCGAGGUUCCCAUGCCACUCUCUGGGGCUGAUGAUUUCACUCUCCUAAACACCGCCGCUAUCCAGGAUUUCAAAGUUCGAUACCACACUCCUGAAGAAGAAAUUGCCCUGGGACCGGCAUGUUGGCUUUGGGACUACCUACGAAGAUCACGAACCCAGGGAUACUUUGUUCCUCUGAGCGGAGGGAUCGAUAGCUGUGCUACUGCCGUUAUUGUAUAUUCGAUGAGCCGUCUAGUUUCCGAGGCCGCCAAUAAAGGAGAUACCCAGGUCAUCACUGAUGCACGUAGGAUGUGCGGUGAGCCAGAAAUAUCAACGUACACUCCAACAGAUCCUCGUGAAUUCACUAAUCGUAUAUUCCACACGUGUUAUAUGGGGACGGAGAACUCCAGCAGUGAUACUCGACAACGUGCUAAAGCAUUAAGCGAAGCCAUAGGAAGUUAUCAUGUGGAUUUGAACAUGGACAGUCUUGUCACGGCUAUCAGAAACUUGUUUGCGGUAGUAACAGGUCAUCGCCCGCAGUUCCGUGCGCAUGGGGGCUCGAAUGCUGAAAACUUGGCCCUACAAAACAUACAGGCACGAUUGCGUAUGGUGCUCGCUUAUCUUUUCGCACAGCUCUUGCCCUGGGUUCGCGGCAAGAUGGGUGGCUUGCUCGUAUUAGGAAGCGCGAACGUGGAUGAGAGUCUUCGGGGUUACCUUACCAAGUAUGAUUGUUCAUCGGCCGACAUAAAUCCCAUCGGUGGCAUUAGUAAAACAGAUCUGAAGAAGUUCAUCCGCUACGCCCAGGAUAGUUUUGACUUGCCGAUUCUCAGCAGUUUCCUUGAUGCAGUUCCCACAGCUGAGCUGGAACCAAUCACUGAAAGUUACGUUCAGGCCGAUGAGGCGGACAUGGGCAUGACAUACGACGAGCUCUCUGUCUUUGGGAGGUUACGAAAGGUCGAGAAAUGCGGCCCGUAUAGCAUGUUCUGCAAGUUAAUUCAAGAGUGGGGUAGCAUGCUCUCCCCCACACAGGUUCGGAUGUUCUCGCCCUUUCGGAGCUCGCCUGUUAACGAAAGCUGGCAACAGAUCGCCGACAAAGUCAAGCUAUUCUUUUUUGAACAUGCUCGCAAUCGACACAAGAUGACGACCCUCACUCCAUCUUACCAUGCGGAGUCGUACAGUCCCGAUGAUAACCGAUUUGACCUCCGGCCAUUCCUUUACAAUGCGCGAUUCCCGUUUCAGUUUGCGAAAAUUGACGAUAUUGCAAAGAAGAUUCUAGAUAGAUCUACAGCACAAGAUGAAGUACGGAAAGAAGACUGA